AUGGACGCCCCGGCCCCCACGAGGGGCCCCGCGAGCAUCCUCACGCAGGCCAACGCCCUCCUCCGCAAGAACCUCUGCUUCCAGAAGCGGAACCUGAAGACCAAUAUCGGCAUCACGCUCUUCCCAGUGCUCCUCUGCGUCAUCCUCGCCGUGCUCCAGGGCGUCAUCGACCGCGAGCUCGACAAGCCCAAGUACCAAUGCGGCUGCGCCUGCGUCGACCCGGGCCCGGCCGCGGUCGGGGACGCGUGCCGCCGGACGGAGUGCGGCGUCCAGCACUCCACCCUGGACCAGGUCGGGAGCUGCCCGAUCCCCAACCCGACCCCGUGGCCGGCGCUGGUGCAGGUGCCGCGGCCCGAGUCACGCGCCGUCAGGACCGCCGGCCAGCCGUUCGACGGCUUGCCUGACCCUGACGACGUGCCGGGACACCAGCUCCUGCCCCGCCGUCGUCCUCGUCACCGGCAACAACCGCUCGCUAGCUCAAAGUCUUUCGGGUGGACUGUUUCCUGCUUCGACUUCCGCCUUGAAUUUGACGGAUUAUCUGGAUGCACUCUCCAAGAUCGUUGCUAUGAGUUCCUGCCAGCAUAA